AUAUAAUAUAUACUGAUAGAUUAAAUGGAAACAAAGAGUGCUGCAUUUUCUGCUGCUGUUCCUGUUCCUGAAUUGCUUGACAAACAUAAUUAUCCGGAAUGGGAGAUUCGGGUGCGAACCUACUUGACGGGUCAAGAUCUUUGGAAGGACAUCAUUGACGAUAACCCGGAAAACGCAACCGCAGCACCUUCUUGGCAAGAAAAUGAUGAUGAAGAGCUUCGGAGGAGGAAUUACAUGGCUUUACAUGUGAUCCAGAUUUCAUGCGGCCCAGACGCAUUUUUCGAGAUUAAGAACUUGCGUUCAGCCGACAGGGCUUGGCAAACUUUGAAAGAGAAGUACCUCGUGCCUGAUACAGUUGACAGUAGCUAUCUUCAGUACGCGGAAUUGUACAAGGCUGUGCUUUGUGGUGAUUUGACUGCUGCAAAGGACUUUCUUGAUUCUCAUGACAUGGCAGUAAGCACGGCAAUCACAGAUAAAGGCGAAACGGCUCUUCACAUUGCUGCUACUGCUGGACAUGCCCUUAUAGUCAAGGAGUUGGUGAAUCGAAUGUCGGAAGCAGACUUAAAAACUCCAGAUAGUGACGGUUACACAGCUCUAAUGACGGCUGUUGUGCAUGGAAGAUACCAAUUGGCUAAGUGGAUGCUUGAUCAGGACAAGGGCAGGAAUUUGAUCAGCAUUAGAGAUACCAGACGAGGAAAUCUUCCAGUCGCUAUGGCUAUUGAUUUCGGGCAAAUUGAAAUGGCGCGCUAUUUGUAUCCUCUCACUUCGCUGAAUGAUCUGAAGCCUGCAGAAAGAAACCACAACGGAGCUAAGCUUCUUACCCGUGCUAUAUAUACAAGAAAUUUGGAUCUUGCUUUGCAUUUAAUCCGGCGUUGCCCACCUUUGACACUUGCUCUUGACGACCGUGACGAGUCCCCAUUCUUAGCAUUGGCUUCUAUGCGCCACGCAUUCCGGAGUGGAAAUCGGCUCGUGUUUUGGAAACGAUGGAUCUAUUCCCGUAUACGCAUUGAUCAAUCCGCUCCUGCCACCUUUGAAACUCGCUUGAACAUUCCCAACGUUGAAAAUGGCCGCCAACCCAAUCAAGUUACAACGAUCGGUUCAGUGCCAUCACUACUGUUGCGCCAUCUAGUUUCAGUUGUCCGCGACUUUUUCGGAAUCAAUCAAUUAUAUGAAAUGAAGAAGAUCCAUAUCCAAUCCAAUGAACUUCUUUCCUGCAUGUGUGGGGAGAUAUCAAGAUCCCAAACUCGAGAACUUGCAAGUGGUGGAGUUUAUGAUGCAAUCAACCGCGCUGUCAUGAAUGGGAUUUUCGAGUUUGUUUUAACGAUAGUGAGGACGAAUCCGAGAUUUUUGGAGAAUGAAGAUAGAAAUUUGAGGAACAUAUUUAUGCUGGCUGUUUUGUAUCGUCAAUCUGAGAUCUUUAGCCUUAUAUAUGGGCUUGAUAUGAAGAAUACUUUGACAUCUUAUGGAGAUUGCAACGAUGAUAACAUGUUACAUAUGGCAGGGAUGAUAGAGGAUUCCACUAGGCUUGAUCGAAGUUCUGGUGCAGCUUUACAGAUGCAAAGAGAGUUACAAUGGUUUAAGGAGGUGGAGAGAAUUGUCAAUCCCAAGAUUAAAGAAGGUAUUAAUAAAGAUGGUUUAACUCCCAGACAACUGUUUACAAAGAACCAUGAGAACAUGAUGGAAAAUGGAGAAAAAUGGAUGAAGGAUACAGCAUCAUCAUGUACAGUGGUGGGUGCUUUGAUUGUUACCAUCAUGUUUGCUGUAGCUUUUACCGUUCCAGGUGGUAACGACCAAACUACAGGUUUUCCAAUAUUCUUAAAGAAAAAAUUGUUUAAGCUCUUUAUAAUAUUUGAUGCAUUGUCCCUUUUUUCUUCCUCAACAUCAGUCUUAAUGUUUUUGGGAAUUCUCACAUCACGUUAUGCAGAAAAAGAUUUUCUAGAGUAUUUGCCGAGACAGAUGAUAAUAGGUCUUUUGACCCUCUUUUGCUCUAUUGUAACCAUGAUGAUAGCUUUUUCUGCUGCUCUUUUAAUCAUCCUACAUGAGCAACAACGGAUUGCAAUUCCUCUUGUUUGUUUGGCUGGUGUUCCGGUCACCUUCUUCGUAUGGAUUCAGUUCCCCAUUCUGAAAGAUAUGAUCAAGUCGACCUACUUCCUAGGCAUCUUCAAUAAGAAGAUGAAGCUUGAUUUUAAGUAAUCCAUUGUGCAAUAUGGUGGUUUGCAAUAUAAACUUAAGAUCUCUUCAGUUGUAACGCAAGAUCAGAUUGCAUGCUUCUACUUUGAGCUACAAGGAUGAAGACUGCAAGUUUGAGUCGCUCAAAAGAAUAGAGAGAUUCAUAACUUUCUUUAUUAUCUCACAAGUUUAAGGGCUUGAGAGAAAAUUGAAAGACUUCUCGUUUGGUAGAAAUUUGUGUUUAUUGUGUUUGUAAGACUAAUUGGAUGUAUUAGGAUUUUAGGUUUUAGUGUUUUUUGUUAUUAUAACUACUACUCUUUUAACUCCAUUUUUUAGUUAGU